AUGCGCUUCGCCCUCUUCUCUCUCGCGGCGCUCUUUGCCGCGGCGUGCGUCUCUGCCGAGGCGGCCACGAGCGGCAGCGCCCUCGCGGCGCGCGACGAGCCCGCCGGCGCCAUGCUGCCGCGUGCGCACCACUCCAAGGCCAAGCACCGCAGCGCCAAGAAGGGCGCCAACAAGGCGGCGGCCAAGAAGGGCUCGACGGCACAGCGCCUCACCUACUACUCGGGCCACCAGCUCGACGACCCGGCGUGCGGCGGCCCGCGCCCCGACGACGGAGACAUGAUCGCGGCCGUCGUCAAGGGCGCCGGCUACGCCAAGUGCGGCGACCACAUCACCAUCGAGCACAACGGCCGCCAGGUGACGGUUAAGGUCGUCGACUACUGCGCCGGCUGCGCCCACAACUCCUUCGACCUCUCCAAGGGCGCCUUCAAGAAGCUCGCGCCGCUCGACGAGGGCGUCAUCGAGGGCGCCAACUUCUGGAAGUCCGGCUAG